CGAGCCGCGGCGGCGGCAGACACAGCCCUGGAGCGGGGCCGCGCCGCGCCGGGGGAGGCGGCGGAGGAUGGAGGAGGAGAUGCAGCCGGCGGAGGAGGGGCCCAGCACCCCCAAAAUCUACAAGCAGCGGGGCCCCUACAGCGUCCUGAAGACCUUCCCCGGGAAGCGGGCGGCGCUGGCCAAGCGCUAUGAGAGACCCACCAUGGUGGAGGUGCCCCGCGGGCGCGGAGCGGGGCAGCCCUUCCCGCACGCCGCCGAGCCGCUGCCCUACGCGUCGCACGGCCCCUUCCCCAACGGGCCCGCCCGCCCCGCCGCCGCCCCCGGCGCUGCCCAGGGCCACCCCCGCCCGCCGCCGCCGGCCCCGAGCUCCUCGGGCCGCUACGGCCCCUGCCCGGCGGCGGCGGGGGGCGGCGGCGCGGAGCUGAGCGCAGGUACCCGCAACUCCUCUCCUCCGCCGCGCAACUUCGCGGGGCACUUUGCAGCAGGCAGGAGCGGGAGGGGGGCUGCGGGCUCCCCUUUCCCCGACGCGCACGCCCCUCUCCCGGGCGGCCGGCGGCGGACUGACCCCCGCUGGGUCCUGGACUGGGGGCUGGCGGCGCCGGGCGCCCCGGGGCUGGGUGCGGGGGUCACGGGACGGGCGGCUGUGUCCGCCCGUCGGUCGGACAUCGGCUGA